CGUCUUGGCGCCUUUCUCCAAUUAGAUAAGGUUGGUUACUUCCCUCUGUAUCUUGAAGUUUGUGAUCGUAACUUAUUGCCGUCUGGAUGGAGGAGACACGCAAAAGUUCGGCUAAGUAUUGUUAAUCAACGUUCUCAAGAACUCUCAUUACUGAAAGAAACAGAACAAUGGUUUGAUGAGGAAGCUUUCUACUGCAACUUCGUGUUUUCAAAUACCGAUGAUGGAGUAUUUCAUGUAGAUGGAGAACUUAAGAUUGUUGCCGAGGUUGAUGUUCUUGAAGCUAUUGGGAGACUAGAUGUACAAGAUGAAUUUAAAGAGGCAAUUCAAGAUUUAGAGGAAUAUAAUUAUGAUCCAGAGACUAAGGGUUUACUCAUGAAGACUCAACAAGUAAUGGAAAGCAUGGAUGUUAAUGGGUUUCAAAUUCUACCUUACCAGGUAAGAUCUGUGAGCCGUAUCUUUGUAAAGCAUCCAGGAAUUGCAUCAGAAUUUCGUCCGAAGAACCAACAUCUUAGGUCAGCUUACAUGAAUUUCCUCCUCGGCCUAAUCGAGACAUUGUGUCAGCCAGCUCAGGAGCUUUCCAAAGAUGAUUUAGCCCAGGCACAUGUUGCGUUGGUCUGCAUGAUGUAUGCAGGGUUUAAGGUGGAUUGGUUGGAGAAAAAGUUGGACCAAGUGUCGGAAAGGAAGAAAAAAGAGGAGGUUUGUGCGGCCCGUCUGCAAGAAAUGGAGGAACAGAUUCAGCAGAGUAAGCAAAAGGAGUUAAAUGAAUUGAAGCGGAAGUGGUCAGACAUGGAAGCUCUAGUAGACAAAGAGAAAGCAGAGGUUUCGUCCGCUAGAUAUCACCGCACGGUUUUGGAUCUGACAAAAGCAGGCUUGAAGUUGCAUUGGUUGCGUCAGAAACUAGAUGAAGCUUUCUUGAAGAAGGAGAAAAAACGGGCCAUUAGGGCACGAAUCAGAGUACUUGAGGAACAAGUCAAGAAGCGAAAGCUGACUUUGUCGGAUUUAGAAUCUGAUCGAAAGAAACAGAAAGCUGCAGCUUUGGCUGCUGAAACUCCAUUUGAUUUCAGCGAUAUUAAACGAAUGUUGGAAAAACACCCUGAGAUUGCAUCAUCGUCCCGUCCAAAGAUUCAGCAGCACGAUAGUAUCCUCAUCUGCUUGAUCGAGAUGCUGACCCAGUCGAUUCAGGGGGUCUCCAAGGAUGAUCUGGCAGACGCUGAUGCUUCUCUUGCGUACCUGAUUAACGUCGGAGAAGAAGGAGAAGGAGGAAGCUGGUGGCAGAAGCGCUCAAACCUGGAAGCUCAGCUAGAGAAUGAGAAUCGGAUGCAAGAGAUCGAGGAAGAGUUAAAUGGUUUGAAGCAGAAGUGCUUAAAUAUGGAAGCUGAGUUAGAGAAGGUGAAAGCAGAUGUGGCAAUGGCCAGAGCUCCACUCUCAUUCGGUGAUAUUCAAUUAUCAAGACACAAAACGAGUACCAUAAAACUCCACGUUUCAGGACUCGCAUUUGACAUCACUUUGAGUCGUAACAAAAAUCAAUGGUGGACCAAGUUGAUAAGAAGUUCAUUUGGUAUGCGUCUUAAGGCCAAGGAAAAUAAUAAGCAUGAUGAUUUGUCUCUGUAUCUGGAAGUUGCUGAUUCUAAAUCUUUACAUUUGGGAUGGAGAAGACACGCAGAAUUUUCCUUUACUAUAAUAACUCAAUUUGUGGAAUGUCUCUCCCAAAUGAGAGGUGAUUAUACUCUCGCACGUUAUAUCUCUAUUAUAAGGCGGACAACCAGAAAGUUGAUGUUUAAUGCACUGGAGUAUAGCUAUGUCAUGCCUGGUGCCUUAUUCUGGAAAACACAACAUUGGUUUAAUGAAAAAGAAGGAGACUGGGGUUUCACAUCCAUGUUUCCCCUUCACAAACUUGGGUUUCUUGUGAACGGAAAUGAUGUUCUUGAAGUUGUUGGGAAAUUAGAUGUGUCUGAGAAAAUUUCAUCACUUAAAGAAAGCAUGGAUGUCAACGGGUUUCAAAUUCUUCCUUCAGAGUUCGUGAACCGAUUGUUUGAGAGAUACCCAGAUAUUGCAUCAAAAUUUCGUCCAAAAAUUCCACAUUUGAAGACAGCUUACAUGAACGUCCUACUCAGCCUGACCAUAAUACUCUGCCAGUCGCCUGAAAAUCUUUCCAAGGAUGAUCUUGUAGAUGCAUAUGCUGCACUGGGAUCUGUCAAGAGGAAGGGGAAAGAGGAAGCUUGUGAGACACGGAUACUAAAAAUAGAGUCAGAGUUGAAGGAUUUUAAGCAGAAGUGCUCAGACCUCAAAACUCUGUUGGAUGAGGAGAAAGCGGAGUUGUUGGCAGCUAGGGCUCCACUGUUGUACGAUGAUUUAUCAGAAUUGGUGAAAGAGGAAACAAAGCAACGAGAUUUUAACUCA